ACUUUUCAAACCUGCCCCGCCAUGUUUGUUUUUUUGUUGCUUUUUAGUCAUACCUAGCAAGGGACUCUCAAUAACAUCUGAAUCAGUCUGACCGUUGUAAAUUAGUGCGGUAUUUUGUAGCAUAUUCGUUUUUCUGUCAUUUUAAAAGCAGGAUGGAGUCUCGGUUUGCAAGGCUCCGUCAGCGGGAUAACAGUGUUGACAUGCUAAGGCUAAAAGUGUCCAGGAGACGGUCCCAGACCCAAAAGGAGAACCGCGACCGGGCCCUAAACACCAGGAGGCAGCUGGACAAGCUUCCCGAGCACGACUGCUCUUCGUUGGAGACGUCUGGCAUGGCGAACCAAUCCACCGUUAAGGAUAAAGCACCGAAUAUAAAACAAUUGAAAAACUCGGCAGGUGAGGAACGUAUGAAGAUGCUUGCCCGCUACAAAGAGGCAAAAGAAUUACAAAAGGAGAAGGAGAAAAGAGAAAAGGAGAGGAAGGGUGUGUUUAAGGUGGGCCUCUACCACCAGCAGGCCUCCCAGCCCUUUUGCCCUCUGCCCCCGGUCUCAGGAGCCACUAGCAGAACCAAGAAAAACACAGGCCCCACUGCUGCUGCAAAGAAAGUUGAGCCGGCUGGGAGGUUAACAAGGAGCAGAACAGCAGCUCUCAAACCCCCUCCAGCCCCUCCUGCCAGCAGGACCAGGGUUGCCAUAGUUGAACCGGUUCCCAGAGCCCCCGUUACCAGGUCCUCUAUCAGGCCUCAGGCUGAAAAGGCACCUGUGGUGAAGGACCAGCCGGCUGCAGGUGCCAGAGCCCUCAGGAACAGAUCAAACAUACAGCUGUCUGCAGUGCCCCCUGCUGGCAGAGGGAGGAACACUCUGAAGUCUCGUGAUGUGCCGGAGGCUGUUUGCCCCCCCAGCCUCAGAGCCAGUGCAGAGGGGACGGUCUGCCCCCCCAGCCUCAGAGCCAGUGCAGAGGAGGAGAUGGAGCAGGACUCAGGAACAAGCGCCCCAGCCCCAAACCUUGUCCCUACCAAGGCCCCAACUCCUCCCCUGUCCUCCUUCGCCCCGCAGGACUUUGUGUUCCAGCCUCCAGUAGGCCUGUCGUCCUUCCAGCCCAUGCCUCUCACACCCCGCUCUGCUGAAGCCUUCCUGGCACCCAGUUGCACCUUCUCUUACCCGCCGGUUCCCCUCUUCUCUCUGGACAACCUGGAUCCAGAGGCUGAGCUGAGCGCUCCUGCUGCCCCCAAGUCGCCUCUGCGCCUUCUGCCUCGCCCCUCUCCCCCCCUGGCCCCCCCGGCUCCAGCCAGCCCCCAGGAGCCCCAGCACAAUGUGGCAUACUUCAGGUCAGCUAUGGUCAGUGAGACAGACCGACUGUUCGGGCAGUGUGAACAGUGGGAACCGAGAGUGGACGACACCUCCAUCCCCGAAGAGAUGCGGGAUGGCAUGCGUACGGUCAUAGGCCAGGCUCGACUCCUUAUGAAGGAGAGGUUCGGGCAGUUCCGGGGCCUGGUGGACGACUGCGAGCUGAGCCGUGGGGAGAAGAUCACCACCUGCACCGACCUGCAGGGCUUCUGGGACAUGGUCUACUACCAGGUGGAGGAUGUAAACAGGAAGUUUGGUGCUCUGUCAGAGGCGGAGUCUCGAGGCUGGCAGGAAGAGCAUAAGCCCCCGCCCAGACAGAAGAAGAUGGUCAAGAAGCCGCCUCCAUCGGCGCCCUCUAAGCCCAACGCCGGCCCGGGAGCCAACGUGGCGGCCAAGUCUCGCCUGGCUGCCAUCAAGGCUGCCAUGAAGGCCAGACAGCAGGCCGCUGAGGCUGAGAAGGCAGACCAGGCCGAGCCCACAGCCAGCGCUGAGGAACACCCAGCCCUGGAGCCUCCGGACCGCCAGGACCAGGCUCCUGAGACGCUGGUGUUCAAUGGAGGCUUCUUCCAGGUGGAGAGCCCAGCCAAACUCACUGGUCCCGUGCGCAGGUCGUCUCGUCUGGUUGGUGCUGUGCUACCCCAGCCCUCCCCCUGCCAGGGCUCCAGCCUAUCCACACCCAGCAGGACACGAUCCUCCUGCACUGCCUCCCCUCUGGCCCUCCCUCUCCGCUGCACCCCAGCACGCACCCCUGCCUGCCUCAAACUCACCCUAGCCCACACCCCCAGACCCCAGGCCCACACCCCCAGACCCCAGGCCUGCACCCCACAGUCCAGUGUCCAUGAUCCAGCCAGAGGAUCUCUCUGCUUCUCCCCUGUCAUAGAGGCUCCUCCCAACAAGCAGGACGAGGUAGAUCACAUUGCUUGCAACCAAUCAGAGGUGAAUACUGAGGGGUCUGAGCACAUCAGCCAACCACAGCUGGCCGUUGAUGUUCCACCCCAAAUCCUCAGCCAGUCAGUGCUGGCCGUAGAGCCCCAGGAAUCAGACGGCCUUGCUGUGUCUGAGGAGGUCGGCCCUGUCCCGUCCACCCCUGCACGCCAGGGAAGAGCAGCAUCACCAGAGGCCUGUGAUAGCAGCGUGCCCCUCAUCACCAGCCUGUACCCCAGUCUGCCGCUCUCCCCACCCAACCUCCCCCUCUCUCCCCCCAGCCGCAGAGCCGACUCACCCCCCUCCUCCCCAACCAACAGCCCCGCUCUGAGCUUCAGCCUCUCCCCCUGCUCAGCUCGCACCCCAGCCAGGGUGGAAUCCAGCCUCCUCCCCCUCUCCUCCCCCAGCCCAAUGUCCUCCUCCCCCCCUGCCAUCCAGAUCUCCUCUCCAGCCCUACUCAGCAGUCCUGAUGUCUGUGACAGUCCCCUGCACGAUGACUCCAUCUCUGAGCAGGGUGUUCCACAGUUGGACUUUGAGCGCUACCUCCAACCAGCUACCAGGCCCAGCCUCUCGCCCCAGGCAGCGCUUGGCUCAGAGAUGUCCUCUCCCACCAUGGACGUUGAGAUGGACAGUCCAGGGGCACAGCCUGGAGAUCACACUCAGGAUGAAGUCACCCCCAUAGCCUUCCCUCGCAUCGCACAAACCUUCACCCCACGGACACCACAGGCAGCGGAGCACCUGUUGUUCUUCAGCCCUGACCCCAGGGAGAGGAUCCGCCAGUCAGUUUGUCCCAGUGACCUCAUGGUCUUCACUCCUCCCGGCGACAGAUGAGCUACUCGUGCUUUUGGUUCCACAGCCUGUUGGCUACAUAGGCCUUCGGUACAGGAAAGUAGUGGCCUUGUCAAAUCACUGAUGUAAUUAUUUUCUAUCUAGUUCAGUCAUCUCGCUAUUUCAAACGUUUUUU